UGGCCCGCUCUCGCUCCGCCUGUACCUCGCGCUUAAAUCCUUCGUUCUCACCACGACACCCUCUCCUAUUUAUCCCUGCAACUUCUCUCCUCGUAACACCCGUACACCAAGAUACAUUGAAUUAAGUAAUUGAAGCCCUGAAUUAUGACAUGGGAUGGAGAGACACGAGCAGUGAGACGUGAUAGAGCAAGAAAGUGUUGAGAAAAGACAGUGUCCUUUAAAGUGCCGGCAAAGUUUGGCGGGGGAGCAGUGUGUGACUUUGGUCCUGUGCUGCUUUGUCCGAGGCCACGGCUUCCUCUCUCUUAGACCCGAGAUUUUGGCAGUGCUGAGUGGUUGAGGUGGCCAGUGCAAGGGUCAACCAGUGCCAUAAGUAGCCCAGGCAGCGAGGAAGACCACAGGUUUGGUCUGGGCUGCACUAAAGGCGGGAAAUCCGAACACAAACAGCUGAUAGUGGAGGCCGAGUGUGGUGGAGUGGUGGCGGUGAUGCUGGCGCCAACGAGGAUUACAAUAAUUGUUUAGCCAGGAGGAGCACCCACACACACACUCAGACACUAUGCCUCUGCUACACAAGCGGCCCUUCGCCAAAAUUGCGCCGCCCACCAACCUGCAGCCCUCGGAUAAGGUGUUCUACUGCGAGAUGACUGGCGAGGUGUUCACCCAGUACGAGGAGUUCUGGGAGCGGCUGGUGCUGUGCAACUCAAUGGUGUGGUGCUGCGAGCUGACAGGCCGGCCCAACCUGACCUACUUGGAGGCCCUGGAGAGUGAGUCCCGUGCCCGUCGCUGCCUGGCCAAUAUUCCCCAGCUGGUGCGGCGGCCCAUGCUGUACCUGGCCAGCCUCACUCGCCGUGGCCGCUUCAUUGACCUGAACGAGGACGUGUUCACCUUUGUAAGGGACCGAUACUUUGUGGGGGAGGACGUAGAGGCCAUCGUCCACAACCACUGGUACGACUGCAAGGUGACGAAGGUGAUCCUGCCAACAGAGGAGGAGAUAGAGAAGUACCUCAAGUACAUCGAGGAGUCUGAUGAGGAGAUGGAGGAGGAAGAAGACGCCAAGAAAGUGAAGGGUGAUGACGAUGUGCAAGUCAUUAACGAAGUCACCAAGACAGAGAAGGUGGAGGAGGACGAGGUGAAGGUGAUAAAAGAAGUGAAGACAAAGGAGAAGAAGGAGGAACAGGAGAAGAAGGAGGAAGAAAACUAUCCUCCAUUUGCUACGUUCAAAUAUGAAGUGAUUGAGCUAGAGGCGUGGGACUACAAGGAGAAGAAGACACACAUCGUUGGGUGGGAGCAGAUCCGGCGCAACAAAGGUGUGGUCACCAGGGAGAAGUGCAAGCUUUUCCUCAAGCAGUGUGUCCAGCUGUCACCCUCAGGCUUCUGGGUCAUCAAGGAGAAGACAGCGUCCUACCACAACCUUGCCGACAUGAAGUUUGCUGACAUCUUCCCCGGUCCGCCGCCCAAGUUCCGGGAGACAAGGGCCAAGAAGAUGCCACUGAGCCUCAACCCUGACCGUGUGGCAGAGAGGAGGAGGGAGAGGAAGGAGGCCAGGGAGAAGAGCGAAGGAGGAGGUGGAGGUGAUGGGAAAAGGAGAGGCCGCCCUCCCCUCACGGAUGAGCAGAAGGAAGCCAAGAAGAAAAUGCUGCAGGAGGCCAAGGAGGCAAAGGAGGAGGUGAUUGCCGAGCAGAGGGAAAAGUUGCGACUCAAGUUGGAGAAGGAAAAGGAAGAGAAACAGAAGGAGAGAGAGAUCAAGAAGGAAGAGAAGAGACUCCGCCUUCAGUACAUCAAGGAGUGGCACCGAGUGAGGGAAGACCUGGACUGUGACGACCACAAGGACCUGCCGCAGCCAACGCCAGUAAUCUGCGGCAUCCCAGACCAGGAAUUCAGCAACUUCAUGACGGUGCUAGAGUUUGUCAAUAUUUUCUGGGAAGUGCUGGAGCUAAAGGACGUGUAUCCCCAGGGCGUCACCUUCGAGAUGCUGGAGACUGGUCUGGUGGAGAAGGAGGUGGCAGGUGUGUACAGUGACCUGCUGCAGCUGCUCCUCCAGGCACUGUUCACCUUGCAGGAGGAAGAGGACGAUGAGGUGAAGGAAGACACCUCUGGAGAUUUGGGGCUGGACGGGGACUCUGGGGACCUCAGCGUGGAGGAGGCAGUGCGUCUGGCUAACCGCAUCACCACCUGGACGCAGCACCACCACGGCAACUCAAUACAGAAGCUGCAGCUGGAUGCCCUCACUCUCACUGAAGUGCUGAGGCUUCACAUGCUGGCUUCUGGUGCAACGUGUGGAGCCAACGCCCGCUGGAGGCAUUUCAACCGUGGGGGCUACAAACACCACGACGAUCCCGGCCUGCACUUCAAGCUGGAGGAGCCGGGGAUCUUGAAAAAGCUGGCAAAUAUCACUGUCUUCGAUCUUGCCAUUGGGGAGAAGCUGAAGAUCCUAAACAUUCUGAUGGGGCAGAUCUUGACCUACGCCACUCUAAGGGACACCAUCGACGACAACAUUGAGGAGCUGAAGAAGGAUAAGAACUGUCUGAGGCUCCACCAACAGACUGCCGGCCGCUAUGAGAAGGAGAUCCAGGCAGCAAGAGUGCAGGAGAAGCGUGACCGCAAGCAGAAGGAGAAGGAGAAGCUGCUGAAGGCCGCUGAGAGGAAGGAGGAGCAGAAGCAGGGAGAGGAGACUGCCCAGGCACCUGAGUCAGAGGAAAGGAAGGAGGAGGAAGAGGAGGAGGCUGAAGAAGAGGAAGAAGAAGAAGAGGAAGAGGAGAUGGAGGAUGAAGCAGAGAAGACGGCACGGCUAGAGAAGGAAGCCAAGAACAAUGAGGCGCGUCGGCAAGACUUGCGCCGACGCGAGGCUGAACUCAUCCAGAAGGUGCUGAAUGCUGGCCGUGGGGUGAGCACCGCCCCGCUGGGCCAGGACCGGGCCUACCGGCGCUACUGGGUGUUCAGCAGCCUGAUGGGACUGUUUGUGGAGGACUUUGAGCCGUUCCCCGGGGUGUGCCGCACCACCCCCACCCCCCACCACCUCAACUCCCUGGCCAGGAUGAUGGAGGAGCAUGCCCUGGCCAUCCGGGAGCAGGCGUGCAGCAACCUGGCCAGCAUCCACGAUGCUAUCCCCGCCAGCAACAAGGAAAACGCCGGCCCUGCCCCGCCCCGACACCCUGUGGCCAACCACCUGCCCAGCCGGCCGCUGCACCUGGUCAACGGGGAGCAGGCAGCGAGCCUCAAGCCAGAGACCAAGCCAGAGGAGAAGGACACGGACAUCGAGGAGGUGCCGGUGUUUGGCCUGUGCAGCGCUGAGCCAGACUCCUGCCCUGUCCACGCCCCAUCCCCGUCCCGCCACCGCUGGUACUUCUUCCACAGCUCGGACCAGCUGCCGGCCCUCAUCAGCUCCCUCAACCCCCGGGGCCAGCGGGAGCGUCGGCUGCGCUCCAACCUCACCGCCCUGCUGCCCAGCCUGCAGACCUCCCUCAAGGCCUGCCCCACCAACCGCCUCAAUCCCAGCCUGGCCGCCCUGCAGGAGAUGGAGGGUGAAGGCGGCCUGCGCAAGUCCCAGCGACACACUGGUGCCAAGAAGGACACCAACCUGAACUUCCCUCUGGGCACCCCCAUGGAGGAGGUGUUGAAGGUCACCCUGACAGACAUCAUCCUGGAGACGGAGGAGAAGCUGCACGUGGGCAUGCUGGGCACCCUGCAGCGGCCCCUGCAGCGGGACGAGUGGAGGGAGGCACUCAUCAGCAGCACCCUGCCCACCACCCACACCAUGGAUUACGGCGGCAAGAAGCGCCUUGCUCACCUCAGGGCCGAGUUGGACCAGGACACAGAGGAAGCCUUGAAGCCAGAGGAAGAGGAGGCAGCCAACACCAUAGAGGAGGUGAAGCAGCUGCGCCACGCCAUCCUUCACCUGGCCCGGGCCGUGGAAUCCAAGUAUCUGCAGCCUCCCCUGGGGGAGACAGACAAGGCUAGGAGGAGUCGAGAGAAGGCAGAGGAAGCGUACCUGAAGAGGCAGCGUAAGGAGGAAGAUGAGGCAGACUCCAAUGGAGAAGCGGAAGAAGAAGAGGAGAUCAAGAGCCUGUCCAGCUUCCUGACACCUCUGGAGCGGUGGGAGGAGUCCCUCAUGGCCUCCACCAGCCUGUCACAGGUGUGCCUUCACUUUGCCACCCUGGACAACUCCAUCAGCUGGGCCCACUCAGCGGCCAACACGCGGUGCCGAGUGUGCCGCCGCAAGACUGACCCUGAGAGCAUCCUGCUGUGUGAUGGCUGCAACAAGGGUACCCACCUGCAGUGCCUCAAGCCAAAACUCAAGGAGGUUCCUGCUGGGGACUGGUUCUGUGACCGCUGCCGCCCUAAGGAACGUCCCAAGAGUCCUCGCAAGAAAAGGCAAAUAUAUUGUGAGGAGGAGGAGUCUGAGGAAGAGGAGGAGGAGGAAGAGUGCAGUGACGUGUGCUACACUUGCUGCUUGGCUGGCACUCUAAUCUGCUGUGACACGUGUCCGCUGGCCUUCCAUCCCGAGUGUGUGGCACUGCGCAAGGUUCCCCGAGGCUCCUGGUCCUGCCCACACUGCACAGGGAAGGAUGGUGCGGAUGAUAAGAAGAAAGGCAGUAAGGAAGCCAGUAAAGGCAAUAAGGAUGUAGGCAAGAACAAGAGCACUCCCAAGGCCACCACACCAAAGGCCACUGGAGGGAAGAAAACUCCAAAGGCGACGACUCCUAAGGUUGUAACACCUAAGAGCACACCCAAGAGCUCCUCCUCCUCCAGGGCAUCUCCCAAGAGUCAGAAGAACAACAACUCCUCGCCGUCUGAGAACAAGAAGCGGAGAAGUGAGGGAGAAACGCCUCAGUCAGCCAAGAGGAGCAAGAGAGGCACGUCUGACUCCCCUCCGGCCAGGAGGGUGAGUGGGCGGCGGUCUCUGGUGGACGAGGCCUGCACCCUCAAUACUGCCGCCCUCACCUCGCUGCUGGAGGAGCUGCAGCGACACCCCGAGUCCUGCCACUUCAACAAGCCAGUCUCCAAAAAACUGGCCCCGGACUACUACGAGGUGGUGAGGAAGCCCAUGGACUUUGGACGGGUGCGGGACAAGCUCACCUCCUUCAAGUACACUUCUGAUGGGGAGUUCUUGGCAGAUGUGAUGCUGGUGUUCCAGAACUGCCAACAGUACAACCUUGAGGACACACCGGAGUACCAGGCCGGCUCCGUCCUGUCUGACCUCUUCCUGAGCCGGGUGUCCAAGCUGGGCCUGUCUCUGCCCCACAACUCGCCCUCUUCUCUUGUCUCUCCAUCGGGCCGACGGCGGCGACGCUAAGGGGCGCGCUAGUGUCGGGUUGGGGUCUUCCUGUCUGAUAUUGCAAGAGGCAAGCUCACUCUGGGCUGCCUUCCUGGUGAGCUCAGCAGACGACAGGAAGACCUCAGCUUUUGAAUGAUUUUUGACAUUCAAAGUCUUUAAUAUUUUUCUACUGCAGUCUUUUCUUUAGAUGAUAAGUAGAGGAAAAGGUAUUCAACCCUCAUUUAUAAUAAUGUGUUAUUUAUAAUAUUUUUAGUGGUUUGAUAACUGUAAAUUGAAGCUCUGAGCAUUAAGUUAGUUAGUCUUUUGUAAUCAAUAUUAGCAGCAUUUUUGUAGCUGCCAUGCCAAGUAACUGCUGCCUUGAAGCAGCGACGGCACGGACCCCCGGGCACCAUGUGUCCACGGAGACACGGAUGCCCCUCUACCACCGUCACUGCCACACAUUUGUUGAGCUACACCACUGCCCAUCAUGCCACUGUGUACAGUACUGAUGUGAUGCUUACAGGUCUGCAGGUCAGUGUGAGAGUGAGGGACGGCAAGCUAUGUGUGUAUCAAGGGAAAGAAUUUCAUCGAGGAAAUUCUUGUCUCCUGCAGCCUUUGAUGAAGAGUGUGAAUUGCCUUUGUCAUGAUUCUGUGUUCAGAGGAAGUGUUGCAUGAACCUUCUCUUGUAACCCCUAGGGAUCUGUGCUCCUGAAACACAUACUACUACUGUUAGGUACAGCACUCAGGGUGCUACACUUUGUCACAACAAAAAUUUCCACUUAAUUAUCACAAUGUCUUUGUGAAUCCCACAAUUGCCCACCACAGUAGUUUAAAACUACAAUUAACUACAGUGGAUCAAAGAUUAUUUUUGAAAAUAAAUAUAUUGACCACU